AUGAGGAAUUCCAAACCUUCGACGCCCGUCUCACCGACUCGCUGUCAACGCCCAUCCUCAACGGCUCUCGGCCUUUACUCUCGGUGCCACCCCACACCCGCCAUUGACCGAAGUGAGGCGUAUUUAGAGAAUGGAAAACGAAGAGGAUCCAAGUGUGGUAGUCAGUCCAUUGAAGAAUCCCAAGCUGAUAUUGCUGUUCUUCUCAGGAAGCUUAUUCGUGAUGAAAUCCGUUCUGGAAAAAGUGACAAAGAUAUCUAUAAAAAGCUUGAAGAUGAUUAUGGGGAGACGAUUCUUUAUGCUCCAAAGUUUGAUUGGCAGACUGCAGCCUUCUGGCUCUCACCUCUUCUGAUUGCUGGAGCAGCUGGAGGAAUAUGGGCAUAUGAGAGAAAGAAACAAUGCUGGACAUUCUUACCCCUCCACCUUCAGGAAUACUUCCAACAUCCCCAUGGUGGAAAAACUGGCUUCCUCAAUGAACAAAUUUCACACUAA